AAGCGCUCUCAAUAAACUUUCUUCUUUCGUAUUUCUUUCUGGUUUUUGUUUUCAAUUUUUAAUGGCGGCCAAAACUGAAGGCAAGGCAAUUGGGAUUGAUCUCGGGACGACGUACAGUUGUGUUGGUGUAUGGCAGAAUGAUCGAGUUGAGAUUAUUGCCAACGACCAAGGCAACCGGACGACGCCGUCCUACGUCGCUUUCACUGACACCGAGCGGCUCAUCGGUGAUGCGGCGAAAAACCAAGUCGCCAUGAACCCUCAUAACACCGUUUUCGACGCUAAACGUCUCAUCGGUCGUCGAUUCUCGGACCCAUCGGUGCAAGCCGACAUGAAGCAUUGGCCUUUCAAGGUCGUUCCCGGUCCCGAUGAUAAGCCGAUGAUCGUGGUUAAUUACAAAGGUGAAGAAAAACAGUUCGCUGCCGAAGAGAUUUCUUCCAUGGUGUUGGUCAAGAUGAAGGAGGUUGCCGAGGCUUACUUGGGGCAAACCAUUAAAAACGCUGUCAUCACCGUGCCGGCUUAUUUCAAUGACUCGCAAAGGCAGGCCACGAAAGACGCCGGCGCCAUUUCGGGGCUUAAUGUUAUGAGGAUUAUCAAUGAACCGACGGCUGCUGCGAUUGCUUACGGUCUUGACAAGAAGGCGUCGAGGUCCGGCGAGAAGAACGUCUUGAUUUUCGAUCUGGGCGGCGGUACUUUCGAUGUUUCGUUGUUGACAAUUGAAGAAGGGAUCUUUGAAGUUAAGGCAACUGCUGGGGAUACUCAUCUUGGCGGCGAAGACUUCGACAACAGGCUUGUUAAUCAUUUCGUUCAAGAAUUCAAGAGGAAACAAAAGAAGGAUAUUAGUAGCAACGCAAGGGCUUUGAGGAGGCUGAGGACUGCAUGCGAGAGAGCGAAGAGGACACUUUCAUCGACUGCUCAAACCACCAUUGAAAUCGAUUCACUCUAUGAGGGAAUUGAUUUCUAUUCCACUAUUACAAGAGCAAGGUUCGAGGAGUUGAACAUGGAUUUGUUCAGGAAAUGUAUGGAACCCGUCGAAAAAUGUCUUCGGGACUCCAAAAUCGACAAGGGUCAAGUCGAUGAGGUUGUACUUGUUGGAGGGUCGACACGGAUUCCCAAAGUUCAGCAACUUCUGCAAGAUUUAUUCAACGGGAAGGAGCUUUGCAAGAGCAUAAACCCCGAUGAGGCUGUCGCAUAUGGCGCUGCAGUCCAGGCAGCUAUUCUGAGCGGUGAAGGGAACGAGAAAGUCCAAGAUUUGCUUCUUCUUGAUGUUACCCCUCUCAGCCUUGGGCUUGAAACUGCUGGUGGAGUGAUGACAGUGUUGAUCCCAAGGAACACAACGAUUCCCACCAAGAAAGAGCAGAUUUUCUCUACUUAUUCGGAUAAUCAGCCUGGGGUUUUGAUUCAAGUCUACGAAGGUGAAAGGGCUCGAACCAAAGACAACAAUUUGCUCGGUAAGUUUGAGCUAACAGGGAUCCCACCGGCACCGAGAGGGGUUCCUCAAAUCAAUGUCUGCUUCGACAUCGAUGCGAAUGGUAUCUUGAACGUAUCUGCCGAAGAUAAGACUGCAGGGGUGAAGAACAAGAUAACAAUUACAAAUGAUAAGGGAAGGUUGAGCAAAGAAGAGAUUGAAAGAAUGGUGCAAGAGGCAGAGAGGUACAAGGCAGAGGACGAGGAAGUGAAGAAGAAGGUGGAGGCCAAGAAUGGGCUCGAGAAUUACGCUUACAAUAUGAGGAACACUGUGAAAGACGACAAGUUUUCAGGGAAACUCGACCCCGCAGACAAACAGAAGAUUGAGAAAGCUAUUGAUGAGGCAAUUGAGUGGCUUGAUGCGAACCAACUGGCAGAAGUUGACGAAUUUGAGGACAAGUUGAAGGAAUUGGAAGGGAUAUGCAAUCCAAUUAUUGCAAAGAUGUAUCAAGGUGCUGGUGGGGGAGAUGUGCCGAUGGGUGGUGGUGCUGAGAUGCCUAAUGGCGGUGGAAGUGGUGGUACUGGACCCAAGAUUGAGGAAGUGGAUUAAAUUUAAGUCUCAUCAAUAGGAUUUGGGUUGGCCUUGGAUAUAUGAGAUGAGUUGCUGUUGUGUCUAUUUCCCUGUGUUUAACUUUUGCUUUGGUUUGUGUAAUGCCCUAUGUGAGGCUGUACUUGAGACGCAUGAUUGUUGAUCGGAAACAUAAUCAUGCAAUAAAAACCUUGGAAAGUUUUAAUCAGUCUAGCAACAACGUUGAUAUAAAUCUUCAAUUUCCCAUAA